UUUGGUCUUGACUUUCUGGUUCUCCCUAGGUGGGACACCUCCAGCCUGGCUGUGCCAAGAAUAUCAGAGUGACCUUGAAAUCCAAGGUCCCGGUCACCAUCAAAAGGCCCUCUGUGAACUGUAAGGUGACCAAGAUCAAAUACCAGCUGCCACCAGAGGAGGUUUACGACUGGGACGACAGAAUGCGCACUGAGAAGUGGGAGGAUACCACCGAGAGACUCCCGGGAGCCCGCUGGCCUUUGAAGCGGAGGGUGGUCAAGGCAGUCCCGGAACCACCUCACACCAUCGUGGAGAGGAGCAGCCACGAGGUCGAGCUUGUCCUCAGUGCUCAGGUUGACUACGCCGAGUUCAAACUGGACACGGUCGAGGUUCAGCUGAAGCAGACUGAGCUCUUCCAGACAGAGAUAAGCACUUUCCGGAUGUCCAAUACAGGGAAUGUAGCCCUGAAAUACUGCUGGGAGGAGAAUCUGGAGGAGGAAAUACCAUCAAAGAGUUCUGGGAGGCCGUUCUCGUCCACUCAGACACGUGAUUUCUUGUCCUCUACUGCUGAGGAUCUCUGGGGAAGGAAUCAUGCAAGGCUGGUGCAGCAGGCAUUGCUGCUCGAGUCAACUCAGCCCCAGCCAACUCAGCCCCAGCCAACUCAGCCCCAGCCAAGUCUGCGCCUUUCAAAGCAGCUGUGCCGCUCUUCGAAGGGCCUUAGCUCCUCCCCGGAAUUCUCUCCAAUUCCCGUCAAGGACCCACCACUGUUCUCCAUCGAGCCCCACUGUGGUACCAUCCCUGCUGGCCAGAAUCAGAUUUUCCAUGUGAAAUUCUUCCCGACGCGUGUGGGGGAAUUUAAGGCCGAAAUGCUGUGCAGACUUCUUAACCUGAAGCCAUCUCAGAAGAGCCCACGGGUGUUUGUGAUGGGGAAAGGCUGUUUGCCAAAGGCUGAUCUGAAAUGCUCUACAUCACUGCAAAAAGGUGAAACCCAGAGCAGCAAACCCAAGAAGAAGGUGCAGCGGUCAGCAAAACUAGAGUGACACCAUUUGUGUCAUGGCUUCUCCUGCUCGUGGUUUCCCAGCCUUCAGCAGAGACCUCCCCAGCUACUCUUCAAGCCCCAACACCCAUCUCUACCUCAUCUGUGUACUACCUAAUAAACUGUGUCUCAACGCA